AUGCAAUCUUUCGUCAAAGCUGCAGUCGUACUCGCCUUUCUCAGCAGUGGAAGCUUCGCUCUUCCCACUGAAAACACUGCUGAAGCGCAAAAGGAGUCCAAGUUUUGGUACCCAGUUUCCGCUCCCUCUCGAGGGUCAGUGACGGCGACGGGCGCUAAUGGCGGAUAUAACUACUACGGCAACGGUGCCAAUGGGGGUUAUAUCGGGGUCGGUGGAAUGCCAGGCGCCGAUGUAUAUGCGAACGGUGCCAAUGGUGGUGAAAACGGCUAUGGAAAUGGUGCCAACGGAGGAAGCAUCUCGGUCAACAGACGCGAGGAAGAUUUCUUCUUCCCAAUCUGGCGCCCUGUAGAACCUGCUAAUGGCCCUAUUUCUGCAAGCGGUGCGAAUGGGGGUUACAACUACGGUGGCAACGGCGCCAACGGAGGAAGCAUAUCCAUCAACAGGCGCGAGGACGACUUCUUCUUCCCAAUCUGGCGCCCUGCACCUCCUCGCAACGGCGCCAUUUCUGCCAGCGGCGCCAAUGGCGGUGAAAAUUACUACGGUGACGGUGCAAACGGAGGAAGCAUCGCGGUCAACAGACGCGAGGACGAUUUCUUCUUCCCAAUCUGGCGCCCUGCGCCUCCUCGCAACGGACCCAUUUCCGCCAACGGUGCAAAUGGAGGCUACAACUACGGGGGAGAUGGCGCCAAUGGCGGCAGUAUCUCAAUUGCCCAAAGGGACACUGAAAGCAAACAAGAAGAAAAUUUCUUUAUCCCAUUCUUCGGAUGGGGUCGACCUUCGGCCAACGGUGCGAUAACUGCAGAGGGCGCUAAUGGUGGAACCAACUACUACGGUGACGGUGCCAACGGAGGAAGCAUCGCGGUCAACAGGCGCGAGGACGAUUUCUUCUUCCCAAUCUGGCGCCCUGCACCCCCUCGCAACGGCCCUAUCUCUGCUAGUGGUGCAAAUGGAGGGUUCAACUACAAUGGAGACGGCGCUAAUGGCGGGAGUAUCGCGAUUGGCCAAAGGGACACUGAAAGCAAACAGGAGGGUGAUUUCUUCAUCCCUUUCUUCGGAUGGGGUCGACCUUCGGCCAACGGUGCGGUUACUGCUGAGGGCGCUAAUGGUGGAACCAACUAUUACGGCGACGGCGCUAACGGUGGAAGUAUCUCAGUCGGACAGUAA